UCAGCAACAUGACGGGCCUGCCAGGCCAACUGGCCAAUGAGACCAUUGCCGCCUACAAGCAGCGUUGCUUGGCUCAGAUAGAGGCUGAGGAACAACGCCUGCUGGCAGUCRAGGCUGCCYGCAUACAAGCUGAAGAGGCAGCAGCAGCAGAGAAACUGCGGCUACAGGCCGAUGGAGAAGCAGAUGCCCAGGCUCGCCGAAAGGAAGCCCAGGAUCUGCUGCAGCGGCAUGAAGCCAACAGCAUCGACAGACUCAAGUACUGGCAUUUUCAACCGAACGACGACGACGCAACACCGGAAGAAAAGCACAAGGAGUUCCUCUCCAAACUCGUGACGCGGUUGUUGUAUGCUUGCAACUACCAAAGGUCAGAGUUGGAGAGACAGCACCGGGACCUGACGCAACAGCAUCAGGAAUUGGCGACGCUCCGCCACACAGUGCAGAGCCACGAGGAUGCAACUCGGGCACUCAAUGCCCGAUUGUUGGACCUGGAACAGGCUGUACCAGGACCAGCUGCUGGAGCUUCCAGCAGUGCACACUCAAGCCGCCAACUGGAGGACCGCGUUGAACACGUAGUGGCAAUGCUCGGUGACAUCAGCACCUUCGCUGCGCCGACCACCACCAUCAGCAGUCAGCUGCAUACAUUGAAGACCGAGGUCCAGAAGCUGCAGUCGACGAACGCGGACGACAAUCCGAAGAUGUACAAGAUGCCAACUUUCAACCGGGAGAGGUUCGACGACUACACGCAGCAGGAUCCCGUCCUCUGGUGGACAUCAUUCACAACGCAACUCAGGAUUCUGCCAGUAGCCAAGCAUGCGUACAUCGGCGCCCUGUUCCUGAACUCAAAGGGCGGAUGCCAGACCUGGUUGAGCCACCUGGCAACCUCCCACAGCGUCGACGUACCAGACUUGAAGGACGUAAUCACAUGGGAGGAACUUACACGGCUGUGGAAGAAGCGGUUCAUCGUCGACGACGCGCCGGCACUCGCCAUCAACCGUUUGUUCACCAUGUCACAGGGCAACACAGCAACACGGGACUGGCUCACGGAGUGGCAGAAGAUUGCGGCUGUGCCCAAUCUGAACCUACCAUUCGGGCAUCUACGCCGUGAGUUCUACAACAGGUCCUGUGCGGCAUUGAGCCAGGCUCUUGGUGAUUGCGAGCAGUACUCAACCUUCGUGGAGAUCAUUGACAAAGCGAGGGAGAUCAUCAAGACCAACAGGUCAGCUGCACACAAGAAAUCAACAUGGCAGCCGACCUAUGUGGAGAAGGCACGAACUAGUCCGCGACAGCAGCACUUCGCUGCAGUCCAGCAGGACAGUGGAGAUAACCCAGCAGCCACUCCAGCAUCAAGUGACGGAGAUCAGGUGGCUGCUGUCCAGCCGCGAAGCAACAACAAGUCCCGCAACAAUGGGAAGGCGAAAUCCGCAUCGCAGGCCGRAAAUGGACAGYCAGUACAAGUUCCAUGGGUCAAGUUCGGCUUGACCGAGGCGGAGUACAAACUCGGGAAACUGAGCUCCGCGGAAGGUGAGGCGACUCCACCUUCUACUCCGCCAGAUUCGGCCGCCUUGCAAGCGGCCUCCUGCACAUCUGGGGAGGAUGCGAAUGUCGCAAGUCCUCGGUAUACUUACGAGGAUUAUGCUGUCCACUUGGUUCCACCGCUGGACCAACCGCUCCACGUGCAACAGUCCACCGCAUGCACGGUUUCAUCACCAUCGGCAAACGAUUCGGCAGCUUCGCCGCAACCUAUCGCCGGGGAUUCGACGUCAUGGUCAAGACUUGAUGAGCUCGAUCCUUUGACGUUCACGGACUUCCAGUGGAUGUCCGUUCCCUCGCCCGGACGAUUGUCGAAACCGCAUUGCAACGCGCUUAUGGCACAAUUGCGGGACUACUUACACACUGCAGUACCAGCUCCGUUGAUGGACGCCGGAGCAAAGGUUGUCGACCUUCACGCUUUCAUCGCGAAGAUCGACUGCGAGUUCAAGACGCAACGGUACAACGACAUCGACGCACCAUUGCUAUACAUACGCAUUCACAUCGGAGAGGCGACCUGCAGUGCCUUGAUUAAUUGCGGAGCAUCUCGCAACUACAUCAGCCAAGACUUCAUGGUACGCGCCGGCCUUGGCCCACGUGUCCGGAGGAAGUCCCAACCUACGCAAGUCACUCUGGCAGACGGUCAUACGCACAAGUCCAUCGACCGAUGCAUUGACGCCGUCCCAGUGUACUUUGCCCCCCAYGCAAGUGAGGCGGUGUCCUUCGACAUUCUGGACACCAAAUUCGACAUGAUCUUGGGCAUGUCAUGGCUGCRAAGCAAGGAUCACCAUGUGAACUUCUUCAACCGCACCGUUCACGUUCGUGACCGGAACGGAGUAUUAGUUUCAUGCACGGUGCCUUUUCCUCAUCCUUCGAUCAGCUGCCACGUGGUAUCCGCCGCAAGCAUGCGAGUUUCCAUCAUCAGAGACGACAUCGAGGAGAUGGGGGUGUGUUUUCUCCACGCCCUCCCGCCACAUGACGCUUCAUCGACGGACUCACCUUCGGAUCCACGCAUCACCGAACUUCUCGACGCCUACAGUGACGUGUUCGAAGGCCCGCACGGAGUAGUAGAGGAUCGACCCAUCCGCCACGAGAUCAUCCUCGAGGACGGGGCCUUACCUCCGCGCGGUUGCAUCUACCGAAUGAGCGAGGAAGAGUUAAGUGUGCUUCGGGCACAACUCGACGACCUUCUAGAGAAAGGCUGGAUUCGGCCUAGCUCAUCGCCAUACGGUGCUCCUGUUCUCUUCGUCCGGAAGAAGAACAAGGAUUUGCGGUUGUGCAUCGAUUAUCGCAAGCUCAACGCGCAGACGAUCAGGAACGCCGGCCCUCUCCCACGCAUCGACGACCUUCUCGAGCGAUUGGGCGGCGCCCAGUUCUUCUCUAAGUUGGAUCUCAAGUCARGGUACCACCAACUCGAGAUUCGCAAGGAGGAUCKCUACRAGACCGCGUUCAAGACCCGGUAUGGGCAUUUCGAAUGGCUGGUCAUGCCAUUUGGCCUUACGAAUGCCCCAACCACUUUCCAAGCGGCUAUGACGACGGAGUUCCGACACAUGCUGGAUCGUUUCGUACUUAUAUACCUCGACGACAUUCUGGUUUACAGUCGGAAUCUGGACAAGCAUGUGGAACACCUGCGCACCGUUUUGGAGCGGCUACGAUAGGCCAGGUACAAAGCAAACCGCGACAAGUGCGAGUUCGC